AUGUUCAACAUGGCGUCCAGGGAAAGCAGGCCGUUUGUUUUUAGAGGUUUUACAGCGAGUUUGAAUGUUUUAGUAAUUUCCGUCGUGCUGUGUUUGAGUGCGUGUGUUCGGGCUGAAAUACGAACUGUUGUUAUCGACAAACACACCGGACAGCUGUCGGUGCUGGACGGGUACCAGGAGGACUUUGUGGCCUGGGGGAACUUCACUGAUGACAUUAAAACAUCAGGCUGGUCUUUCUUGGAGAUCACUACCAACAGCAAGUACAAUGACAGUAUCCAAGCUUAUGCUGCUGGUGCAGUCGAGGCCGCACUCACAUCUCAGCUCAUUUAUAAGCACUGGAUGAACACUCUGAUGGGUUACUGUGGGCCCUUCAGUCAGUCCAGUUACUGUGAGCGCCUGAAGGCUUACAUCACAGCCAAUCUGCUGUGGGUUCAGGAGCAAAUAGAGAAGCAGCCAAAUUCACCCUACUGGUACCAGGUACGUCUGGCACUGCUGCAGCUGAAAGGUCUGGAGGACAGCUACAAUGAUGAACUUUCAUUACCGGCAGGCUCCCUCUCCUUCAACCCAUUUGGUUUCCUACUGUUCCAGCUGGGUGGGGAUCUUGAGGACAUUGAAUCAGUUCUGAAUAAAUCCAGCCAAACUCGCCCCCUUGGAUCUGGUUCCUGCUCUGCUCUCAUUAAGCUGCUGCCAAACAACAAGGAGCUGCUGGUGUCACAUGACACCUGGAACACCUACCAGUCUAUGCUGCGCAUCAUGAAGAAAUACAUCUUUGCUUUUAAAGCGUCUCCUUUAGACAAUUUUUUUCUUCCUGGAGGAACUCAGGCGUUCUCGUCUUACCCUGGAUCUAUCUUCUCUGGAGACGACUUUUAUAUCCUCAGUAGCGGCUUGGUUACAUUGGAAACCACGAUUGGCAACAGCAACCCUGCUCUCUGGAAGUUUGUUCAGCCGAAAGGAGCCGUCAUGGAAUGGCUGAGGAACAUUGUUGCCAAUCGACUAGCAUCUACUGGCAAGCAGUGGGCAGAGAUAUUCAGCAAGUACAACAGCGGAACGUACAACAACCAGUGGAUGAUUGUGGAUUAUAACCACUUCACUCCAGGAAAGACUGACAUUAAGGAGGAGCUCUUUGUUGUGUUGGAGCAGAUUCCGGGACUUACUGUUUACACUGAUAAAACUGAGGAACUGCUGAAGAAAGGCUACUGGGCUAGUUACAACAUACCGUACUAUGUGGACAUAUUUAAUGCCAGUGGCUGCAAUGAGCUGGUUGAGAAGUUCGGCCCGUGGUUCUCUCUGGACCAGAAUCCUCGGGCUCAGAUAUUCAGGAGAAACCAGACAGAUGUCACAGACGUGGACUCCAUGAUCCGUCUCAUGAGAUACAAUAACUUUAAGGAAGAUCCACUAUCAAAGUGUGACGGCUGUAAUCCACCUCAGAACGGGGAGAAUGCAAUCUCAGCCCGUUCAGACCUGAACCCACCUGAUGGAACUUAUCCGUUUGGCGCCUUAAGGCAGAGAUCACAUGGAGGAACGGACAUGAAGAUGACAUCCUACGAGAUGUUCAGAGACUACGGCAUGAUGGCAGUGAGCGGGCCAACCUGGGACCAGGUUCCACCCUUCCAGUGGAGCACAUCCCCCUAUAAAGACCUGCUGCACAUGGGUCACCCUGAUAUUUGGGCUUUCAAGCCUGUGAAAGUCACUUGGACGUAAUUCUUAUUGUACUGUAUGUACAAGUGACAUUGUAGAUGUAAAUAGUGGCAGCUGUGCUGUUGAAUGUUUUGACAAAGGGAAAUAUACUAAUCACUGAUUGUCAGGAGAGUGAUGACAAUGUUCUGCAAGUCUAAUACAGUAUUGCACUGUUUACAUACGGUUUGUUGUUUUAAAUGCAAGACAAUGUGACCAGGAACUAAGAAUUCUUGGUUUAGAAAGUGGGCGCUUCUGCAUAGAUCAACAUCAGAUUUUUUGUUUUAAAGAUUUUUAUUUCUUGUGCAAAUUCUGUGAAAAUUUAAAUUACACAGGUUUAAAUUCCAGUGACUGACUGUGUUACUGGGUUGAAAAUUGCUCCAAAGGUUUGCACCUCUUUUGGGAGAAUGACCAAAUACUAAUGUUGAUGCUGAUGCAGAUUUUCUGUAACAGUGACAGCAAAUGUUCUAAUCAUGACUUAAAUCAUGUAUUUCAUGAAUUUUUCUAUUUUGGAAUAUUUUGAAUAUAAGCAAUGCCCUGAUCAUUUUCCAUGUCAUUAAAAGUCAUUUUGUGUUACAA